CUGCUCUGCUCUGCUCUGCUCCUCUCUCCGUUCCCCUCCACCUUCAGUAGCCACCAUGGAGUUCCCUCACCGCCACCACGGCCGCCGCGACGACGACGACGACGACGAUCGCCGCCGGCCCCCCGCCUACGGCUACGACGCCCCUCCCCCUCCGGGGCCAUACGGCCAUCCUCCCCCUCCCGGACCGUACGGCCAACCCCCCCAUGAUCCCUACGCUCGCCACCCGCCUCCCUCCUCCGACCCCUACGCCCGCCACCCGCCUCCUCCCUCCUACGGCCGCAACGACGACUACGCUCCCUCCUACGGUGCCGCCGCUCCCGGGGGCUACGGCAACGUUGUCCACGUCUCCCACGAGGUUCCCGACCAGAGGCCCACGCACUACGGCGGCGGUGGAUACGGCCAAGGCCACGGGGGAUCCGACUACAUCAGCCCCGUCCAGGAGACCCUCCCCCUGCACGGUGCAGGCGGAGGUCCGGUUAGGCAGCAGACCCACCGGAUUUACUGCAAGGCCGGGGAGGACAACUACAGCCUCGCCGUCAGGGAUGGCAAGGUCUGCCUCGUGCGAUCCGAUCGCGACGACGACACGCAGCACUGGGUGAAGGACAUGAAGUACAGCACAAGAGUGAAGGACGAGGAAGGAUACCCUGCCAUGGCGCUCGUCAACAAGGCCACCGGAGAGGCGCUCAAGCACUCCCUCGGCCAAUCCCACCCUGUUCGUUUGGUUCGCUACAACCCAGAGUACAUGGACGAGUCUGUACUGUGGACGGAGAGCAGGGACGUUGGUAGCGGGUUCCGCUGCAUCAGGAUGGUGAACAAUAUCUAUCUCAACUUCGAUGCGCUCCAUGGAGACAAGGACCACGGUGGGGUGCGCGAUGGAACCACCCUGGUGCUCUGGGAGUGGUGCGAGGGUGACAACCAGCGCUGGAAGAUUGUUCCCUGGUGAGCAAAUUUAUGCAGCUCUACAAUUCUACAUACGUGUGUUGGUGUUGGUCCAAGCAACGUACGAGGGAGGUUUGUGGAAUAAUAAGAGGCGCCUCUGAUCGAUGGAGGGGCCGCUCGCUGUGAUCGCUCAACUGGACUAGUGCUUGGUUUGGUUUGGUCCAGCUUUGUAAUAAUUCAUCCAUCUCGUUUGGAAUGUUUGUCUUGUCGUUGAUCCAUGUAAUUUGGUCCGUGUACGAGUACGAGUACGAAUGACAUUUCUGUGUGUGAAUGUGAUCACGUAUUUGUGUGCAAAUAUAGAGGACCCUUCUGACUGUCGGAUUGGAACA